AUUUAUACUACUUUUCCAUCCCAGUCCCAGUCCCGGCUCCUUGGCUCUGUUCGUUUCGCCUCUUGGCCUGUGACCAGGCAGGUCUUAAAUCUUUUUCUUCCCCGGAUCCUACUCACCUCCGCUUUCUCCACGACCACCUUAUAUCUUAUCAACACCCUAAUCUUCCGAACCACAUCAUACCAACCAUAACACAGCAUAUCAUAUCAUGAAGAUCGAUCUAGCCAUCCUUGUCUCGGCCCUUUGUGCCAAUCCGGCACUUGCCCUUGUCGCACCAACAUCCGACCUUGCGCGACGUGAGCCCGCCGAGCCCAUCCAGAUCGUCGACCGCGACGUCGACGCUGUUUCGCAGGAACUUUGGAAGCGCAGAGGUGGAGGAGGUGGCGGCGGUCGCGGCGGUGGUGGUGGUGGUGGUAGUUCCGGCGGCGGUAGCAGUGGAGGAAGUGGCGGCGGACGCGGCGGCAGCAGUGGAGGAGGUUCAACCGGAGGAAGCUCAUCCGGCUCAGGGAGAGGUGGCAGUGGAAGCAGCGGAAACAGUGGUUCUGGUUCAACAGGCCCCAAGACAUCGCCAACGUACAAUGGUGGUGGAAGAACUCAAUAUGGAAGCGGGCCAAAGCCUGCCUACGGUGGUGGCCGUUAUUACGGAGGCGGCGCGGUGCAACCAUACCAGUCCGGUAUGAGGUCGCCAUCGGGCAUCCGCCCCUUCGCUCUCGGUGCUGGUAUAGGACUUCUCGCCGUCUGGCCCGCCGUUUGGCUUUAUGGUGCUUACAUGUACCCCUACCACAACUUGUACACCUACCACAAUCAGACCUCCGACCAGGACGAGACCCGCAACGUCACCUGCGCCUGCGACCCAUAUCUAGUCUGCGGUUGCGACGACAAUACCAACACCACCUAUAUUGACUCCCUUAUCGGAAACGGAAGCUACUCUGCGCUGAACCAUUCCUUGAUUACCGUCGCCACUGUUGACGGAACCGACUACCUCCUGAUCAACGGUACCUUGCCCAAUGGUACGACUGCGUCCGGCGGUACGGAUGACGAUGAUGGUACGACUACGUCCGGCGGUACGAAUGGUGGCGAGAGCAGCGCUGCUGGUCUUCGGAGGUUGCUAGAGCACGCCGGAUGGUGGCCGGUCGUAGCCACUGUUGCGGCAACCGUAUUCGCAGUCUAAAGCAGUUCCCCAAGAAACUCAUGGCUCUGAUGACGAGUUCUGAGCAACAUAAGAUAUCUCUCUAUACUCGGGGUAUCAGCAGUCUUUCGAUCAUCCUACAACACAGUUCUUGAUACCAUUUACGAAAUGAACGCUGGUGAGGACGAGGGAGUGGCUAUAAUGCCAGUAAAGGGCAGGGAAAAAAAAUAAGAAGAAGAAAAAAAAUCACAUGAACACGAGGUUGAUGAUGGACCCGAUACCCCUAGGUUUUGAUGAUUUAUUGACAGGAUCCUAUUUUUGGUUUUGUAUACCGCCUUACAUAGAUGAUUUCAAGAUUCCACGAUCUGGUUCAUGAAUAACAAAAUCGGUUAAUUGACUAGACUACUAGCC